AAUUACUUUUUCCAAAGGCUGGAGGGCUUCACUCCGGCUGGCGCCGCCGCCUCGCGUGCUCCUGCUCCGCGGCGACCGUCCGGGGGGCUGCUCCUCCCAAGUACCAUGUGUGACGGCGCCCUGCUGCCUCCUCUCGUCCUGCCUUUGCUGCUGCUGCUGGUUUGGGGACUGGACCCGGGCACAGCUGUCGGCGACGCGGCGGCCGACGUGGAGGUGGUGCUGCCGCGGCGGGUGCGUCCCGACGACGUGCACCUGCCGCCGCUGCCCGGAGCCCCCGGGCCGCGAAAGCGCCGGCGCCCCCGCGCGCCCCCCGCCGCCUUGCGCGUCCGGCCGGGCGAGCGCGCCUUGCUGCUGCACCUGCCGGCCUUCGGGCGCGACCUGUACCUGCAGCUUCGCCACGACCUGCGGUUCCUGUCCCGCGGCUUCGAGGUGGAGGAGGCCGGAACGGCGGGGCGCCGCGGACGGCCGGCCGAGCUGUGCUUCUACUCGGGCCGCGUGCUUGGCCACCCUGGUUCCCUCGUCUCGCUCAGCGCCUGCGGCGCCGGCGGCGGCCUGGUUGGCCUCAUCCAGCUUGGGCAGGAGCAGGUGCUCAUCCAGCCCCUCAACAACUCCCAGGGCCCGCUCAGCGUGAGGGAGCAUCUGGUCAAGCGCAAAUGGUCCUCGGCACCCAGCCCCUCCACCGAGGCCCAGGGUCCUGGGCAGCUCUGCCAGGUUCUAACAGAAAAGAAGAAGCCAAGGAGGGACAGGGCAUCCCAGGACUGGCGGGAGCGGAGGAACGCCAUCCAGCUGACCAGCGAGCACACGGUGGAGACCCUGGUGGUGGCCGAUGCCGACAUGGUGCAGUACCAUGGGGCAGAGGCUGCCCAGAGGUUCAUUCUCACCGUCAUGAACAUGGUGUACAAUAUGUUUCAACACCAGAGCCUUGGAAGUAAGGUGAACAUUCAGGUUACCAAGCUCGUCCUGCUACGACAACGGCCUGCCAAAUUGUCCAUUGGGCACCAUGGUGAGCGGUCCCUGGAGAGCUUCUGUCACUGGCAGAACGAGGAAUAUGGAGGAGCCCGGUACCUUGGCAAUAAUCAGGUUCCAGGAGGGAAGGAUGAUACGCCCCCCGUAGACGCAGCUGUAUUUGUUACCAGGACAGAUUUCUGCGUACACAAAGACGAACCGUGUGACACCGUUGGAAUUGCUUACUUAGGAGGCGUGUGCAGUGCUAAGAGGAAAUGUGUGCUUGCCGAAGACAAUGGUCUCAAUUUGGCCUUUACCAUCGCUCAUGAGCUGGGCCACAACUUGGGGAUGAACCAUGAUGAUGACCACUCAUCCUGUGCUGGUAGAUCCCACAUCAUGUCAGGGGAGUGGGUAAAAGGCCGGAACCCCAGCGACCUCUCUUGGUCCUCAUGCAGUCGCGAUGACCUUGAAAACUUCCUCAAGUCAAAAGUCAGCACAUGUCUGCUGGUCACCGACCCCAGGAGCCGGCAUGCCAUCCGUCUCCCUCACAAGCUGCCAGGGAUGCACUACAGCGCCAACGAGCAGUGCCAGAUCCUGUUUGGCACCAAUGCCACCUUCUGCCGAAACAUGGAGCAGCAUCUGAUGUGUGCUGGACUGUGGUGCCUGGUGGAAGGAGAUACGUCCUGCAAGACCAAGCUGGACCCUCCUCUGGACGGCACCGAGUGUGGGGCAGACAAGUGGUGCCGCGCAGGAGAGUGUGUGAGCAAGACGCCCAUUCCGGAGCACGUGGAUGGAGACUGGAGCCCGUGGGGUGCUUGGAGCAUGUGCAGCCGGACGUGUGGGACAGGAGCCCGCUUCCGGCAGAGGAAGUGUGACAACCCCCCGCCUGGUCCUGGGGGCACGCACUGCCUGGGAGCCAGUGUGGAGCAUGCUGUCUGUGAGAACCUUCCCUGCCCCAAGGGCCUGCCCAGCUUCCGGGACCAGCAGUGCCAGACCCAUGACCGGCUGAGCAGCAAGAAGAAGGGCCUGCUGACAGCAGUGGUGGUUGAUGAUAAACCAUGUGAACUCUACUGCUCACCCCUUGGGAAGGAGUCCCCACUGCUGGUGGCCGACAGGGUCCUGGAUGGCACACCCUGCGGGCCCUAUGAGACCGACCUCUGUGUGCAUGGCAAGUGCCAGAAAAUUGGCUGUGAUGGCAUUAUCGGGUCUGCCGCCAAGGAAGACCGGUGUGGAGUCUGCAGUGGGGACGGCAAGACAUGCCGAGUGGUGAAGGGUGACUUCAGCCACUCUCGGGGCACAGUCAAGAAUAAUCUUUGUACGAAGGUGUCCACGUGUGUGAUGGCAAAGGCUGUCCCCAAGUGUUUCUCAUGUUAUAUUGAAGCUACCAUCAUUCCAGCAGGAGCCCGGAGGAUUCGCGUGGUGGAGGAUAAACCCGCCCACAGUUUUCUGGCUCUGAAAGAUACCAAUAAGAGAUCCAUCAACAGCGAUUGGAAGAUCGAGCUCCCUGGAGAGUACCAGAUUGCGGGCACAACCGUACGCUACGUUAGAAGGGGUCUGUGGGAGAAGAUUUCAGCCAAGGGACCAACCAAGAUCCCACUGCAUCUGAUGGUGCUGUUAUUUCAUGACCAAAAUUAUGGAAUCCAUUACGAGUACACCAUUCCUGUCAACUACACUGCAGAAAAUCAGAGUGAACCCGAGAAACCCCAGGACUCUUUGUUUCUCUGGACCCACAGCGGCUGGGAAGGGUGCAGUGUGCAGUGCGGAGGAGGGGAACGCAGAACCAUCGUGUCCUGCACACGGAUUAUUAAUAAGACCACAACUCUGGUGAAUGACAGUGACUGUCCUCAAGCAAGCCGUCCAGAGCCUCAGGUCCGAAGGUGCAACUCACAUCCUUGUCAGUCACGGUGGGUGGCAGGCCCAUGGAGCCCCUGCUCAGCUACCUGUGAGAAGGGGAUCCAGCAUCGUGAGGUAACCUGCGUAUACCAGCUGCAAGACGGCACCCACGUCACCACACGGCCCCUCUACUGCCCAGGCCCCCGGCCAGCACCAGUGCAGAGCUGCGAAGGCCAAGACUGCCUGUCCAUCUGGGAGGCAUCUGAGUGGUCACAGUGCUCAGCCACCUGCGGCAAAGGGACGCAGAAACGAACUGUGACAUGCACCAAUUCACAAGGAAAAUGCGACGCAUCCACGAGGCCCAAAGCAGAGGAGGUGUGCGAGGACUACUCAGGCUGCUACGAGUGGAAGACUGGAGACUGGUCCAAGUGCUCCUCGACCUGUGGGAAGGGCCUGCAGUCCCGCGUGGUACAAUGUAUGCACAAGGUCACCGGGCGCCAUGGCAACGAGUGCCCCACCCUCUUGAAGCCCGCUGCCUACAGACAGUGCCACCAGGAGGUCUGCAAUGACAAGAUCAACGUGAACACCAUCACCUCCCCUCGCCUCGCCGCCCUGACCUACAAAUGCACACGGGACCAGUGGACGGUGUACUGCCGGGUCAUCCGAGAAAAAAACCUCUGCCAGGACAUGCGAUGGUACCAGCGCUGCUGCCAGACGUGCAGGGACUUCUAUGCAAACAAGAUGCGCCAGCCGCCUCCGCCAUUGCUGAGCUCAUGACACGUGGCCCAGCGGCCCCCCCGGCGCGGCAGCGCGUGGCCUGCGUGCUAAUGACAUGGCAAGCUGAACGCCCACCUGAGAGCACCCCAGUCCUGCAGCCGGCCCCACCCCCCUACCCCUGGAGCACACCACCACUCACCCACGAGGCUGUCCCAAGAAUCCGACCAUUAUAGAACUGGAGUGUGGACUUGACGUUUGCUGUUAGCGCUUUUGUACUUAAUAUAUUGUUAAUGGCCACUGGAUGGCUUUCUACAGUAAGGAAAGAAAUAGGCGUGAGUCACAAAAUUAUUGUCCUUUCUAAGGGUCUGUGUACCUCAAAGGGAACACCUCUGAUGGACAGUUGUCAAAAGAAAGAGACGUCCCUGUGCACUUCUGUCUUGGCUUUCUUUUGACAUUUGAAUUCCCGGUGCUUGAUGUGCCGGGGGGAUUAUCCCCGAAAGGAGACAUUUUACAUGAAAACUGGCUUUAUUCUGAAAGCUGGCACCACCCUGGAAAGAAGGAUGGAUGUCAGCAAGCCUCUGCAAAGGGCUUCUGAGAGGCCCAGGCUGCCGGAGCCCUUCCUGACCACAUGAGCAUCAGAACUUUGCCUCUCGGCCCAUCUCUGAAAACACAUUCUCUAGAUCAUGGGCCUUGUCUUGGAGGUCUUGUCCCUGGCAGUCUGAAUCUCUGUCAGCCAAGGAUGCCAAGACCACGUGAUUCUGCAUACCACCUGUGUCAGGAAGAAUAUUCUGGAAGUGUUUGGGUUUGGGGAGGCAUCUAAUUUCUAUACAGUCGACCACAUUGGGAAACAGAAAAGUCUUUCUCUAAGGUGCUAUGAAAUGGGACGUAUGUUAAUUAGGGGGAUGGGACUGCUUCCUGGCAUAAAGGUGAACCUUUCAUCCAGGGCGUAUGGCCCCUCUGCCUUCUGGGGGCCUCUGCUCCAGGCAGUGCUUCGUAAAACUUUGCACCUUACAAAUGGCUUCCCGUUGAUCUUGGCCAUCUACCUGAAGUUGAUUCUUUCUAGAACCUCUGGCUACUUCACCCUGGUUUCCUCCAGAAGCCACUCAGCCUGGUGUGCCAGGAACAUGGAGGACGGCCCCCCUUGCAAGGAUCGCGGCACAACCACCAUGCCUUCCCAUAGCCCAGACCUUGCGGGGCCUGGCAUUGUCACACUGUUGUCAUUGACCCAUCUUUUUAGUAAGGCAAGGAUGACUCUCAGAAAAGCAUGAAGAAAGCCUUUCCCUGCUGCAGCCCCUCAAAGAAGAGCUGCACCCUCUCCAGAAGCCUGGGCAAAUGACAAGAGUACAGAAGACCAUGGGACCCCAUCCACUUUGGGAGCUGGAAGGGAAAGACUCUAGAAGCCAAGAGGCCUGUUUCACUCACCAACUUGGUGGGUGUUUGAUGGGUGCUUACAUUCAAGGACUUUAUCGUGAUAAACACCCCCUUUGCCUUCAUGAUUGCAGACAGGAAGCCUCAUGUAUGCCCGUCUCCCUGGGGUCAUCUCCAAGGACUUCCUGACUUAUUGGUGCUGUUUAUGUAUCUGCUUUUGUUUUUGAUGAUGUCACAACGUUAGGGUUAGCUUAAGGCUGUUUCAAUGUAUGAUUUUUCAUAUUCCAGAGACAGAGAAGUGAUAGGGAUGACAAAAAAUGUGUGCGGUUCCACUUGAAUCAUGAGAAGUUUCGAGAAACCUGCUUGGGUGCUGUGUUAAGGACUGAGAGAAUGCCAGGAUGGAGUGAUCCACCCUGCAAUGUAACCCCCGCUCCCCCAAUGGUUGCACCAGGGCCUGUGCAAGAUGCUGUCCUCCCCAACUCAGGCUUGGGCACCAACAGAAUCCCUCCAAACCCCGUUGCCACAAAACUUUCAAAUUCAUGGGGAGCUAGGCUUCCAUGUUUCCCUAGCCCCCAGUGGGCUAUGCUUCACCCCAAAACUUCAGAAAGGUAGCAGCCUCGGAACCUGAGGAGCAGAGCUAGGAUGGCCAGCUAAGGAAGCCAGGAAGCCUUCUUGCUCAUACGCACGCUUGUACCCAAGUUGCAUGAGCCCAUAAGCGAGCCCUCUCCCUGGUGCCUCUGAAUUACCCCCCACUGGCUACCUUGACCGUGUCCACUGGAUGCAUCUGGCCAGGGCCUCACACCUUCAAAAUCCAAAAUAAUUGAUUUGAUUUGAUUCUUAUUAAACACCCCAUUGGUUCCCCCAUUGGUGUCUUUCUGACCUCUUUUAGCUCACGCUGGCACUGAAAUUCCCCAGCCUGCCUUCUGUUUAUGGCACAAGCAAUGAUCAAUGUUAGCGAAACCAGCCUGGUGCUCUUCUUCCACUGUGUACAGAAGACAUUGAAACCCUGUGAUCACAGCAGUGACGUUUCUUUAUUAACACUACCCUGUACUGUCACUCGAGUACUGUACCUUUUUGAUUGCACAAAUGUGUUACUAACUGCAGAGUCUUAUGACCUUAUGGUGCUACUUUCAUGAGUACAAAUGAAACCCUCUCACUUGACCAUGGCUUGAUAUUAUCAGAACACAGGGAAGAUCCUCGGCAGCAAUAAUAUGAUUGCUUUGCUCUCUUUUCUUCGUUUCAGAGUCAAAUGUAUAUAUUUUCCAUUAGUUAACUUACAUUACGUACUGUACCCAUGGUAUUUUUGUUUUAUUUUUUGGUGCUGGUUUUGAAAGAAAAAAAAAAAAAACAGAAGACAAACAUUGGACACCACUGUAAAUGAAAAAUUAAUCAUUUCAUUGGAAGUGAGUUGAACAUGUUUUAAUAAAAUGUUUUUCCAUAACAAUA